AUGGUGAAAUCAUACUUUAAGUUCGAGCAUUCGAACACAUUCGGGCUCAUCGCCUCGGCGUCUUCGAAUGCGGUUUGGGCCAAAGAUGACCAGAUUGGCAUUGCACGCCAGACGGGCGCCGGACGAGCAAUUGUCGGCGCAGGUGAGGAAGUUCUAUGUUGGGAUGUGAAGAAGGGAGAACUCCUUGGAAGAUGGCGCGAUUCUGCCUGCAGAGCGCAGGUUAGUGUGAUCACUCAGAGCAUGACAGAUGAAGAUAUCUUCGCGGUUGGCUACGAGGAUGGAAGUAUUCGUCUUUGGGAUUCGCGCACCGCUACGGUCAUUAUUUCUUUCAACGGUCACAAAUCCGCCGUCACCAAGUUGGCCUUCGACAACGCCGGUGUGCGCCUCGCCAGUGGUUCGAAAGAUACCGAUAUCAUCCUCUGGGACUUGAUCACUGAGACUGGUCUUUUCAGACUUCGCGGUCACACCGAUCAGAUCACAUCACUACACUUCUUGUUCCCCUCCCCAGAAUUGCUCACUGCUUCCGGAUUGAAUGAACACUCUGGAUUCCUAUUGACCACCGGAAAGGACGCAUUGAUCAAAGUAUGGGAUCUUGCCUCUCAGCACUGCAUUGAAACACAUGUGGCACAAUCGAAUGGCGAAUGCUGGAGCUUGGGUCUUUCUCCUGACCAAGGCGGAUGUAUCACAGCUGGUAAUGAUGGUGAACUUAGGGUCUGGUCGAUUGACGAGGCGGCUAUGAUGGAGAUCUCCAAGGAGAAGCUGGGCGCGGAUGGUCGCCGAAUUCUCACAGAACGAGGAACUUUCUACCGACAUGGCAAAGACCGCACAAUUGGCAUCCGAUUCCACCCCCGCUCAGACUACGUUGCAUUCCAUGGUUCCGACAAGUCAGUUGAGGUUUGGCGCAUUCGCUCUCAGUCGGAGGUACAGAAGAGUAUGGCCCGGAAGAAGAAGAGAAGAAAGGAGAAGGAGGCUCGCACCGAGGAGAACGCACCGGAAGAGGAUAACGAUAAGCCCGAGGAUGUUUCCGCCGCUCCUGUAUCAGAAGUCUUUGUCCAACAUGUUAUCGUGCGAACUGGUGGAAAGGUUCGUUCCUUUGACUGGAUGACCAACAAGUCAAGUGGCUUGAACCUUCUUGCCGCAACAACCAACAACCAGCUUGAAGCCUACAACAUUGUUCCAGCGAACAAGAAGAACACCGACAGCGAGGAUCCGGACUACACUCGGAGCUUGGCAGUGGACAUUCCUGGUCACCGAACAGAUAUCCGGUCAAUUGCAUUGAGCUCCGAUGACCGAAUGCUUGCCUCUGCUUCAAACGGCACUCUCAAGAUUUGGAAUGUUCGCACCGAAAGCUGUCUACGAACACUUGAGUGUGGAUAUUCCCUGUGUUCUGCAUUCCUUCCUGGUGAUAAGAUUGUCGUUGUUGGUAACAAGAACGGAGAACUCGAGGUAUUUGAUAUCGCAUCCUCAACAUUGCUGGAUACUAUCAAAGCCCACGACGGACCCGUGUGGUCACUUCACGUGCAUCCAGAUGGCAAGUCUAUGGUCAGUGGAAGCGCAGACAAGACAGCCAAGUUUUGGAACUUCCAGGUCGUCCAGGAGGAGAUCCCGGGAACCAAACGUACCACUCCCCGCCUCAAGCUGGCACACACAAGGACGCUGAAGGUCAACGACGAUAUCCUCAACAUUCGUUUCUCUCCGGAUGCACGACUUCUAGCAGUUUCUCUCUUAGACAACACCGUGAAGGUCUUCUUCGUCGACUCCCUGAAGCUUUUCCUCAACCUUUACGGACACAAGCUUCCUGUUUUGAGCAUGGAUAUUUCUCAUGACAGCAAACUAAUUGUCACUUGCUCGGCUGAUAAAACCGUUCGACUCUGGGGUUUGGACUUUGGUGACUGUCACAAGGCCUUCUUGGCCCACGAAGACAGUAUCAUGGCAGUGGCAUUCGUUCCUCACAACAAGGAUGGAAACGGUCACAACUUCUUCAGUGCAAGCAAGGACCGCAUCAUCAAAUACUGGGACGGCGACAAGUUCGAGCAAAUCCAGCGCCUCGUUGGUCACCACGGUGAGAUCUGGGCACUUGCCAUGAGUCGCACUGGUGAUUUCAUUGUCAGUGCCAGUCACGACAAGAGCAUCCGCAUCUGGCAGCAAACAGAUGAGCCGCUGUUCCUGGAGGAAGAGCGUGAGAAGGAAAUGGAAGAGGCUUACGACAGCACACUCACCGCAUCCCUCGAGCAGGAGGACGGCGAGGACGGCGAGAAGGCGGAGGCCGUCGAUGCUGGCAAACAGACGACCGGCACUCUCAUGGCCGGAGAAAAAAUCAUGGAAGCUCUAGAACUAGGCCUCGAGGAUCUUGAAGUCGUACGCGACUGGCGCAAAGUCAAGGCUGCCAACCCCAACGCCGCCGCGCCCGAUCGUAACCCAGUUUACCUGGCUCUCAACAACGUCUCCGCCGAGCAGCACGUUCUGAACACCGUCCAGAAGAUCCCCGCAGCUGCGCUCCAGGACGCUCUCUUGGUUCUACCAUUCUCCAAACUCCCCGCUCUCUUCACCUUCCUCAACAUCUGGGCUGAUCGCGAAUGGAACGUGCCUCUCACCUGCCGCGUGUUGUUCUUCAUCCUGAAGACCCACCACCGUCAGAUUGUUGCCAGCAAGAUGAUGCGCCCUAUGCUCGACAGCAUUCGGGUGUCGCUGCGUCGGGUCCUUGCCCGGCAGAAGGACGAGAUGGGCUUCAACCUUUCCGCAUUGCAGUUCAUCGGCAACCAGAUCCGAGAGCAGAGUGUCACGGACUAUAUUGAUGAGGAUACCUGGGAGGAGCAGCAAGCUUCCAAGGGCACGGGCAAGAAGCGCCAAUUUGUCAGCGUUGCCUGA